UGAUGUAUAUUUGGCCUGCCACAGUGAAGCUGAAGGCUGUUUUAUCUCACAGAGCAGUUGUGCCUGUGUAGUAAAGCUGCUGAAGAAUGUUCAAGUAUCGGAUCCGGAUGUUUUUCAAUGAACUCAAAGUGUUGUUACUGAUGCGCUCUGGAUCAAGCAGGAGGACUGUCACGGGCACAGACCCGGACACGCAGACUAGGAUGCGAGGGCUCGCUAUUGGUGGCUGUGGUUGGCCGCCGUUGAGCUGCACUCACCGGGACGAUGAGGAGGAGUAUUACGGCUCUGACUCCCGGCCGCGCAGCCUGGCGCUGGAGGAGACAGAGGGAGACAAACCCCAGGGACAAGGCCUGGACGCCGCUUCCCUCCCGAGUCUCUCAGAGAGCGGGAUGCGAUCACCACAGUGCCGGAUCUGCUUCCAGGGGCCCGAGAAGGGGGAGUUGUUGAGCCCUUGUCGCUGUUCUGGCUCUGUGCGCUGUACUCACCAGUCCUGCCUUAUCCGCUGGAUCAGUGAGAGAGGCUCCUGGAGCUGUGAGAUCUGCUACUUCAAAUACCAGGUCCUGGCCAUCAGCACCAAAAACCCACUGCAGUGGCAGGCCAUCUCUCUGACUGUGAUCGAGAAGGUGCAGAUUGCAGCCAUUAUCCUGGGCUCUUUGUUCCUCAUCGCCAGUAUCUCCUGGUUGGUGUGGUCGUCCCUCAGCCCUUCAGCCAAAUGGCAGCGGCAGGACCUUCUUUUUCAGAUAUGCUACGGCAUGUACGGCUUCAUGGACAUAGUUUGUAUAGGCCUUAUAAUCCAUGAAGGAUCAUCUGUUUACCGGAUCUUUAAGCGCUGGCAGGCGGUGAACCAGCAGUGGAAAGUGCUAAACUAUGAGAAAGCAAAGGACUUGGGUGACCCCAUCAGUUCCAACAGUAAAGGUCGCGUUGAGAGGAACUCGGACAGCGGACGGAGGGCGAGUCGACAUGUCAGGACUAUUCUCAACCACCACUGUGGCUAUACCAUUUUGCACAUCCUCAGCCAGUUAAGACCCAACAGCCUGCGCAGAGCCAACCACGAGGUGGUCAUGAGGGUGACCACCGUAUGA